AUGCCGAAAUCGAGGAAGAAGAAAAAUGCUAUUACCGUAUUGGUACCGGAAAAGCCAACUGCAAAUUUAACUUCUGCUAUGCGAACAGAAUUAUAUGCUACACCGGAAACUUUUGAAAAUGCAAUCGUUCAAACAUCAAGUAAUAUUAUUCCUGAGAAAUCAGAAGCAUCAAAAAAAGCGAAAAUACCACAGAUAGCAACAAAGAAAGAGAUUUUGAAAAAGCCAGGAGAGGAGAUCAGUAAGAGUAAUGUAAUGAUAACGAAGAUAAACGAUAUGCAAAUUUAUGAUGCUGAUCUGAUUGGAACAUAUUCACAAAGUUCUGGAACUGUUUCAUACGAUUCCAUCAAAUCAGUGAAUAAUAAAUCAUUGGAACAAGCCAAGAGUAAUGGCAAAUAUAUACAAAAUACCGACAAUAAAUUGCAUAAAGUGGUGAUUGAGCAGUUAUUGGAUGAUAGUUCAAGCAUAGCAAAGAUGCGCGUUAUUAGUGAUAGUGAACUAAAUCGUCGGAUAAUCGGACAGGAAGGACCGAUCGGAGAUCAGAAAGCUAUUCCGGCUAUUCCAUUAUGGGGGCUAUACGAAACUAUCCUCACCAAGAAGUGCAUAAAUGAAGCGGUAGAGAAUUUUUUCGCCAGUCCUCGGGAUGAUAUCGAGUUGAUAAUGAAGUUAUCACGACGUGAUCUAUAUCCCAGAUUGCAUAUCGAGUUAGCACCAAUCUAUCAUGAUCUACGUAUUCAAGCUGCUCAAUUUGAACAAAAUGCAAUUACACCAUUUGCGGUUGGAAGCAAACGUUGGCGUUUUGAUGAUCUCUUACGAACAGAAGAUUCGAAUAAUUAUAUGCCAUCAAGUGAUUAUUCAAUGCAAUCCAUGGAGAGUAGAAGUGCUUCGAUGUGCUGUGCACACUCUUCCGAUGCAACAACCGCUCGAUCACCAAGUUACGAUUAUCUCUCUUCAGCAUACUCUUAUCUUGUUGCUUUUGUCAAGUAUCAGUUACCGUAUGUACCUACCGUACUAUUUUUCUCGAGCUUUCUCCUAUCUGUAAUUUACUUAUCAGUCAGUGAUACCGAAUCGAAGUCAGGCAUCAACAAAGAGCAGCAACGAUAA